ACUCACUUUAUUAUCUCUCAGUUUGUAUUGUAAUUCAACAAACACAUUAUGGUGUAUCACUAUCUGGUUUAGUUUGUUACAGGUUAGAUAUUGGUAGGAUAGUCAUCCAAGUCAUUUCCAUGGGAGCUAGCUAGUAGACAGAACUAUUAAACAAGACAUUAAUUAAGAUAUCACAGGAAGAUCUCUGUCCUCAUUUUGAAUUUUCAAGGAAUUUCAGUUUUCAUGAUCUGGCUACCAACACUUUUGUGCUUGUUUCACAUCUCUGGAGUAAUCUUCAGUAGCCAUUGUGAUAGAUCUAUCAUCUACUUUUUUCUGGAUUUCUUGUGUGUUCUAUGCUGUCUUGGAAAACUUCUGAUUGUAACACUCAAGGAUCAAGGCAGAAAUAUUGCAAAAUCUUGAGAGGACCACCUUGUUAUCGAUGACAUGUGAAUGUGAAGUCUUCUCUAAGUAGUGUUGUCAUGGUAAUUGACAACCAUUAAGAAGAAUGAAUUUAUUAACCAGCCACUGAAACGAUCUUUUUUUAUUUCCAUUUAAAAACUUGUUCUUAUGUACAUUAGUUAAAGUAUAAGGAUAUUAUGUCUGAAAAAACUAAAAUGGAUAGAUCUACCAAACGUCAGAAAUCUCCAUCUCGUUUGAGUCCUUCUAGAUCAUCUUCAGUGAAUAGCCUUUCAUCAGGAAUAAGUGGAACAACAUCAAGGAAAGGACGAAACUCUUCCCUCAAUGCACAUGUUUUACAUUAUUUUGGUGCAAACAAGCUGAGGAAGAAUCGCCGUGAGGGUACACCAGAGAAAGCAAUUAGUCCAAACAACUCUCAGAGUUUAAUAGAAGAAGAGGUGAUACCUCCUAGCAAACAAGUUAUCAAUGGAGAGGACAUUCAAGCACUCGCCAUUGACCCCCAGGAGAUGGCUAAGUUGCGAGCACCAAAGCCUCCUCAAUCACCCAAGGUUCGUCCAUCCUCUAAGAAGGUGACAGUUCGUAAGAUGAAACCACAGUCUGAACUCGAUAAACCAAAGACCAAACCCAUUCUCAUUGCCAAGCCAGCACCACCUAAUGUUCCACUUAUGAAGGAGGACUAUAUUGGUGCUGGAGGACCUCGUUUUGAUUCUACUGGAAACAUCUUACCUCAUAGCAUCCUAGGGUCUGUAGAAGCUUUCAAGAUGGAAGCUGUACAAAAUGGACAUAUGGAGAUGGCUGAGGAUCAUCCUAUUGAACCUCGUCCCAAGACACCAGCAAUCAAACCAGAGUAUGGUAAGAAGGUUGAACCAAAACCUAGAGAUCCAUUCAUGGAUGAAAACCAAGCACUUAUUAACUGGCAGAAGAAGAUGAUUGAGAGAAAGAAGACUCAAGGAUAUAUCUCCAAGCUUCUGCAGAAGCCACCUGAGACACUGGUAAUGAAUCAAGCUGAGGAGUAUCGUCAAACUCAGGAGGAAAGAUAUAUCAUUGACAGAGCUAUACCUGCUAUGGAUUAUGGCAAAGGAUAUCGUGUUGGAAGUGAAUUCUGGAAACAGCAGGAAAGAUUUGGAGAUGACUUGUCUGGCAUACAUAUGACGUUGAGUCAGACAGAGAGAGGUUACCCACCACCUGUAGAGCAUAUUGGUUACUCAAAGCUUGCCAAAAGUGAAAUGGGUGUUGCGUGGAGUGAAGGUAGAGCCUCUCCUGUUCACUAUCCUUGGAAACGUUCCCAGUAUCUUAAAGAUAGGAAGAGACAACUUCAGCUUGUCAUUGAUGAAUUGGAUCCAUUCAAACCGGAUCUGGAAGGUCUUGAAGUGAUUGGAACCAACAAGCCUAAGGAGAAGAAAUUAGAUGUCUGGACUGCAUCAGAUGAUAUUGGGACCUUCAAGAUUGGAAAGGGAGGAGACCAUAAUGUGAUUCCUAAUGAGAGUGAAAUGCCCGAGGAAGCCAUACCAGAGCCCAUCAUUGGUCCUGCUCUCAAGUUUAAUGGUUAUCCUGCCCGCUGGACUGGGGAUAGUAACAGUCAUAAAGGCCAGAUUGCAUGUAGCUCCAGAGUAACCUUUGAAGCAUUUGCUGGAGUUAGGACCACAUCUCACUUGGAACUUGUUAAUGAUGGAACUACAACCAUUUAUUAUGAUUGGAAGAAAAUCCCCAAGCAGAACCCAUUCGAAGGAUGUUCUACACCUCGCAUCCAACGCUUCUAUUUCAACACCAGCAGUGGUGUGCUUCUCCCUGGAGAGAGCCUUCGCUUUCCCUUCGUGUUCAAGUCCCCUAAUGCUGGAAUCUUCUCUGAGACUUGGCAGCUAGAUACUCGCCCAGUGGUAUGUGGGGGUGGGGCACUACAGGUUACCCUGAGGGGUGUUGCCUUGCAGGAGGAUAAGAACUUGAAGCAGAGGAAGGAGAUUGAGGAAGAGCUGUUUGCCAAGCAGGCUCAGGUAGCUGUUCGUCGUAUCUUGGAUGAGUUAGUAGAUGGUAUCCGAACUCCUGAGAGAGCUCAGUCACCUAUUGAUGCCUACAUCACAGAUGAGGAGACUUUUGAAAGGCUUAAUCCUGGGAUGCACUAUGCCAAUGAGGUUGUGAGUCAGCUAAAACAGCUUUAUGUAGAGCAGUUCAGUGAGGAGGAGAAAGAGAAUAAGGAAUGGGAUCUUGAUGUCACUAAGAUGAAACGGGAGUUCUUGGGCAUAGAGGAUGAAGAGAAGAGAGAAGAUCUCUUGAACAGAAUGAACCAAGCCGUUACUUCUCUUUACUUCCCUCCCUUUACACCCAUACAACAUGAGAUGUACAGAGUAGCGUACAACCUCAUGAUGGAGAAUAUUGAUAACAUAGUAACCCAAGCAAACACUAUCAGAGUUAAUAUGGGUAUACCAGAGAAGGUUGAAGAACUACCGGAUACUGCGGAAAUUCUUGCAGCAAAUGAUACUCUGAGAGGAGGUGAACUCAAGAAGAGAAAGAAAGAACCAAAAGAAGAAGAACCUACAGGAGGGAAGAAGGAUAAAAAAGAUGGCAAAAAAGGCAAGAAAGAUGACAAGGAUAAAGACAGACCAAAGAGUAAAGGAGGAGAGAAGACCCCAGGUAAAAGCAAGAAAGCUGCUCCUAGUCCUACUCCUACAAAAGAAAGAGAGAAGAAAACUCCAUCAGGAGAGAGAAGGGGGCGUAUCCGUACCCCUAGUAGUGGUUCAAUAGAGAAAGUACAUAUCUCUGUGACUGGUGAUCCUAUCAUGGAUGCUAAAUACAGGAAUAAACUCUACAUACAGGUAUAUGCUCUACUAUCUGAGACCGUUGAUAAGAUGACUGCAUUGUUUGAAGACAUCAAAGAAAAACAAGAUAAUGCUCUCAUGCAGCAACUUAUGCAAAAAAUGUGAUUCAACAAAAAAUAUCUUUAUUAAUAUUUAAUAUUAUAUUUAAUAUUUAAUGUUAUUCUGAGGUGGAUCUUUCUUACAUUGAUAUUAAAAUUUUA